AGUAAACCAGGCUGUUUCUGUUUGUGCAGGGCACUGCUGAUCUAUGCUGGUCGAUAACACAGAAUAUUACGGAGGGAGGAACAAUUUGAAGCAGGCAGGAAAUAAGAAUGUGCGUGAACGACAAGUGCGAAAUGUGACUGAUUUGUGGUUCGCCGUUCGAUCCUGUUGCCGCCAGCCGAGAGUUGCUAUGUCCAGGAGGAAGCAGGCGAAACCCCGAUCCCUGAAACGAGACGAGGAGUGGGACGACGGGAACGAGCAGAAUGUCCUGGCGGUAACCGAGCAGGAUAAUGAGACAACGGGAAUUAAGCAGGAUGACGAGGAGGAGGAAGAGGAGGAGGAGGAGCUGCAAAGGGCCUUCAGUCGUCAUUCCGAUGAAUAUUUGCAAGUGGAGAGAUCGUCGCCGGUGCAAGGACCAGAUUUGGAGAACCAGAACAGUCUCGACAGCGAGGCGUUGGGUACCGGAAGUUCGUCGUGGCAGAGCGAGGAUGGUGGCGGUGUCUCGCGUCGCGGGGGGGAGACCCCGUCGUCUUGCGCGACGCCGACGUCGGCCAGCUUCCCGUCGGAGCCCGAGGUCGACCCCGACACCGGGAACAACGCGAUCGCUCCCUAUCCAUGCCAAUUCUGCGAUCGCACCUUCCCGAGGCUCAGCUACCUCAAGAAGCACGAACAGAGUCACGGUGACCAAAUGCCGUACAGGUGCAGCUGGUGUGCUAGAUUGUUUAAACAUAAGCGUAGCAGAGAUCGCCACGUGAAAUUGCACACGGGAGACCGAAGAUAUCGAUGCACGCACUGCGAGGCUGCUUUCUCCAGGAGCGAUCACCUGAAAAUCCACAUGAAGACGCAUGACACGCAGAAGCCGUACCAGUGCACGGCGUGCUCGAGAGGCUACAACACGGCAGCUGCCCUGACGUCGCACAUGCAGUCGCACAAGAAGCAACACCAGUCGCAAGGAGCGAAGCUGCAGGACAUCGAUUACGGUAGAAGAAGCGUGUCCUCCCACAGUACCAGUUCGCCGCCGGUACCGACCUCUCCCUCGCCCUCGUCGUUGAACUUGACGACGUCGCUGAACUCAAAGACGUUGAAGAGCUCCCAGGGAAGCUCGUCGACCACUCCGAUCUUGACUUCCCCGCUGAAGCUGGCCUGCAUGUACUGCACCAGGGACUCGUUCAGCUGCAUGCAACAAUUGCAAAUGCACGUGCACACGAUGCAUCAGGCUAUAUUGAGCGGGGAGGCGGUCGCGAUGUCCGACUCACAGAACGGGAACGCGGAACGAGAGAAGAGGAUGGACGAGGCAUCUUCUGCGGCGAGCGACUACCAGAAGAAGCAUCGAGAAGACUCGGAGAACGCGUUCACGUGCAAUCAAUGCACCAUGAAGUUCUCCUCGUUGAACUUGUUGAGGGACCACCUGAUGUCCAUUCACAGAACUGACGGGUUCGGUGCGGGGUUGAUGCUCUGUCCCCUCUGCGGCAUUCCCUGCGCCUCGGCGGCGGCUUACGCUGAGCACUACGUUCUCCAGCACUGCGAGAAUCGAAGACUGGCUCCGCUGGAACCUCGCGAGUACGCUGCCUAUAAACCGAACGGGACUUACGACUCGAAGAGAAAUCAGAAGAGCCGCGAGCAGUCGAAUUGCGAACCGGCAGAUUUGACCAGCAAGCGUUCUCUGGACAACAAUUCUGAUAACAAUUACACCGCUGGAACGUUGCUGUGCGGUCAGUGCGGAGCGGCUCUGAAGGACUUCGAAUCGUUCAGGGAACACCUGGCCCGGCACCUUCAAGCCGAUCACCGAAGUGAAGUGGUCAGACAUCCGUGUCCGAAAUGCGACGCUAGCUUUCAGGAGAGGGAGGGAAUGCUGGCGCAUCUGACGAAACAUUAUCUCAGCCAGAUAAGCAAAGAAUACGGUUGCGGUGCUUGCAAGAAACUGUACCCCCAUCCGGACCUUCUCCAGAGGCAUCUGCUCGACAGCCACGCGCACCACCUCUAUCGAUGCGCGUUGUGCCGGGACACGUUCGACUCGAGGGUCGCGAUACAAGUUCAUUUCGCGGUGAAGCACAGCCAGGAGUGCAGGAUCUAUCGCUGCAACGCGUGUACGACGUCGAACAACGAGAACUCGCCGGGGAACGCGCCUGGGGAGGGUAAAAGCUUCUUCAGGAGCGAGUCGGAGAUGGCGAACCACGUGAGAAACGUUCACGCGCCGCCGCCGACGGCGGUCAACAGUCCGGCGGCCAGGAGUCCUGCUUCUACUCCCGGUCUCACCGGGAACGCGACCUCCGCGAGAUGUGUGUUCUGCGGCGUGUGCUGCAAUUCCGAGCUGGAGUUGCAGCUUCACUUGGCCAGCCACUCGGCCAACAUGUACAGAUGCCCGGUUUGCAGAGAGGGAUUCGCAGUCGAAUUUUUAUUGGACAGACAUAUCGCCCAGGCGCAUCAUCAGACCGAGGAUCAGCCCAGAACUAAUUCCAGGGAAAACGGGAGGAUCGGCAGGCCACCAAGGUUGCAGGACGAGACGAAAUCGCAGAAGAGAGGACGUUCUCCAGCUUCCAGUAACAACAACUCGUUGAAUCAACGGGACAAUAAUAACAAACGUGCGAAUUACGCGAAUUACGCGAACUAUACGAGCUACGCAAACUACGCGAACCCGUCCUCGUCCCCUCAGCAGCAGCAGCAGCAAUGCGAUCUCUGCGAGAGAGGCGAAUUUUCGAACGAAGCGGAGCUCCAAGCGCACAAGAAAGUCGCCCAUCCUGCUACCAACAAGCUACAAAGCAAAUCCGUUGCGAAUUUAAGCAUGACUUGCGCCUACUGUGGAGAAGCUUGUCGCUCGAGGGCUGAGCUCGAGUCGCACACGAGAAUCCAACACGCCUCGAACGAGCCCGGCGGUCGUCACAAGUGCAACAUCUGCGACGAGGUCUGCCCCUCUGGCGCAAUCCUUGCUGAACAUAAAUUACAGAAACAUUGCAAGAUCCAAUUGAGCGAUACCUGCAUCGUUUGCCGGGGGAGUCUGACGACGGAGUCCCAGUUCUUGGAACACGUGCAACGGCACAGCUUGGAGAACGUGGACCCUCAGCAGAGAUUGGACAACGGAUCACUUCCCGCUGCGCAUCUACCCGCCGCGUGCGUCGUUUGCCGGCAGACGUUGAUCAGCGAUCUGGAGUGUCGCCUUCACGCCAGGCACCACCUGAGAGUCUCUACGGGGUCGAACAGCGCUGGGUCUGGUGCGAGUCCGAGUCCCAGCCCGAAUCGGAAGAGUCAGAGCCCGAGUUGUUGUCUCUGUUUGAGGGAUUGUUCGACAGACGAGUUCGUGAAUCUUCCUCCGAGUCACGUGAGCGGCGGAAGUCAGACUCUGAGGGUGUGCAAGCCCUGUUACAUUCGCCACUCUCAGGGUUUACCUAUAUUAAAUUCACCGUACGAGCCUGUCAGAUCGAAGUGCGAGCGUCCUUGGUUGAAGGAUGGACAAUGGGACAGUUCCAAGGAUAGAUGGGAGACCGAAGGAAGAUUCAAGGAAGGCAGGAGCGAGGAUGGGAAGAGGUGCCACGACUGCGGGUUGAAGUUCGAGGAUCCCGAGGAGAUGGAGAAGCACAGGCUGGAACACGAUAAGCCGGUACCUUCGAACGCGCGUACUUACACGUGCAUACAGUGUCAGAUAUCGUUCCCAACGGAGGCAAAGAUACAGCAGCACGUGAGGAAAGAACACCUGGAGGGCUCGGGAAACGCUGUCAUCGAGGCAUUGCGAUGUCAUCUGUGCUUGUUUGAGGCUAGCAGUCCAUUACAGCUACAGAGUCAUUUGAUAGAACACACUUUCGCUGGAUGCGCCGCGCUCAGUUGUUACAUUUGCCAGUCUCUCUUCACCGCGCCUAUCGGCCUUCAGAAUCACAUGCUUCAAGAACACGGUUUAGGCGCUCGUCCGUACGACUGCUCCAAGUGCACUCUCAAGUUCUUCUUCAGAGCCGAGUUGGAUCACCAUAUGCUAACGUUCCAUAGACCAUCUUCGCCUGGUACCACUCCGGAAAAUGGCAUGGAUCAGAAAUCCAAUGAUAGGAAAGAGGGGAACGGUGAGAGCGAAGUUAAGGUGAAGGAGGAAGUGAUGCCAGAGACCGUGGAAGAAGACGAGGAAGAGAUCAACGUAGACGAGCAAGUGGAACAGGGUAACGAGUCGGACGGACGGACACAAAUCGGGAAUAACUUGAAGACAGAAACUGAAGGUGAAACCGUUCCCCAGAAAGUAGAGUCGUGAUUAUAUUCCGAUAACCGAAUGCGUUUAUAGUAAUUAAUCUGUGAAACUUAUAAUUUUCUAUCAUGUUCCUUUCGCCGAAAUGUAAAUGUUUCACGUAAGUGAAAAGGGUACUGCUGUUGGUUUCGAUCAAAUUUGUUGAUCUUCGUGUAUAGUUUCUUCUAAUUUAAGAGUUAUCUUCUGUACAACAAGAAAGAUAUUGAUUUAUUUUAUAAGAUAUAAGAAUACUGUUUAUAUUGUACAGUCUAGUUUUCCUCUUCCUUAAGAAGUGUUGUCCUUCUUAAUACGUUAUUAUUGCUUGUUAACGAUCCCAAGGAUUUGUCGUUUUACUCGAUUAUAAUAGUAAGUUUCGUUAAAAAUUCCUUUGCUUCCUAUCCGUCAUGAACGUUGUGUAAAAUAUUACAUGUUAUAUAAUAUUAAAACGUAUUCUACGAUUUACAACGUGUGUGGGCGUUCACAUAAAAGCAUCGUACUUCAUUUCUCGUUCGCGAGAAAGGUUCGGCAAGCAUCCUUUCGCAGGUGUUAAGUGUAAAUACAAUAAAUAAUAAUUAGAAUGUACAAUUAUAGCAAUGUUUUAUUAGUUUUGAUCGUAUAUUUAAACGAAACAGAUGCAAUAACUUGUCCAUUAGGCUUAUAAGUUCUUAAAUCGAUAAGAUAGUUAUUUACGUAAUAAAUUAUUGUUUUAAAUCAGAAGUUCCAUUUUCCCCUUCAUUCAAUCGCUACGAUUUCAGUAACGUGAAACGUAAGAGACUCCUAAGCCUGCACAUUCAAUUCCGUUCAGUAGAAAUGAAGUUACACUUCAAUAGACCCUUCCUGAGUAUGCCUUCAAAAGUCUCGUCAAAAUCGGCACACUAAAAGCUAAGUUGCUUUUUUAAAACUGCACGAGAGCAUUCCUGCCUUGUAGCAUCUGCGGAAUCGUUCAUUUAGAUUCUGUAUUCUGAGUGCAUAAUGUCCACGUCCCCAGAUCUUUUUUAUUCUGUAACUUAUUUUCAAAUGAAAU